GGCGGGGAAGAGGCAGCUCGGCCCGCUACCAGCCGCCGGCCCCUCCGCUCCCCCGCCCCAGCGCCGGCGCGGGCCAGCAUGGGAGGAGCCUGGCGUGGGCAGGGCGCAGACGGGAGCAGACCGCUGGCGGCUGUGAUGGGACGGGCCCCGCUUUCGCUUUGCCGGAAGGUGCAAGGGAGAGCGCUGGGCAGCAGCGGCAUGGCCCGGGCACUCCUCCCCCUGCUCCUCGUGAUUGUCUUAAUUAAUGAAACACAGUGCAAAAAUGAUACUGAAGCUCUAAAACACAUAGUGCACAAUAAAUUUAUUACAGGGAGGAUCAUUGUUAAGAGAGAAGAUAGAUGUCAGAACGGUGAAUACAGUUCAGGUGUUCAGUGUUGCAAGAAAUGUAAUCGUGGUUUUGUUAAAAAUAUCAGCUGCCCAACAGAUAUUAACAAACACUGUGUUCCAUGUAAGAAUGGAAAGGAAUACAUACAUCAUGAAAAUGAUUUGGAGGAAUGUAUGAGAUGCUCUUCAUGUGACAGCAUAUUAGGUUUGGAGGUUGCAAAGAACUGUACCCCAGAGCAGAACACAGAAUGCACCUGUGCAAAGAACUAUUUUUGCAAUUCUUCUGUACCAUGUGGGCACUGUAGUCCAUGCACCAUAUGUGAAAGUGGUGUAAUUGAAAAACAAUGUACUUCAACUUCAGACACUGUGUGCGGCAUGAAAGAAACAGGAUUGCAAUGGUGGGCCACUGCUUUGAUGAUUAUGGUUGUACUAUUACUAAUAGCGGGAGCAAUAUUCUGGUACAAGAGAAAAUGGAAAAAUCGUACAAGGAAGGAGAACCUAAAUGAAGUAGUCCUCAAAGCAGUUGCUUCUUAUGAGAAUGUACCUCUCAUACACAGAGAUAUUGACCUGAGCAGCCAUGUUGCUGAAAUUGUGGAGGAGAUGACACUCCAACAAGUCAAGACAUUCGUUCGUAAUCACAAAGUACCAGAACCUAUCAUAGAUCAAACUAUUCGGGAUUAUUUGAAUGAUACAUCUGAACAGAAGAUUAAGCUGUUUCAAGUCUGGUAUCAAAGACAUGGGAUGAAAGGAGCCUAUGUAAACCUAAUAAGAAGCCUAAGAGAGUUUAAAAUGUGCGCUGCAGCUGAUAAAAUUGAGGAAAAACUGAAGGCAGCUGUUUCCAGCUGUCAGGAAGGGGGACAGUCUCAUGGUGAUGACACUGAGCAAAGCAAAACCUGCACUGAGGAAAGCAGAAAAAUUCUACUAUCAGUAGAUAGUGCUGACCUAAGCAAAACCUGUUCUAGUAGUUUCGAAGAGACAUAGCACGGAGUCAUUUGAAAAUUAUUUCUGACUGAAUUAGUAUUUUUCUAAUAAUAUAACAGCUUUUAAAAGACAUUUUCAUUGGCAGUUUGGUUCAAGAAAUUAUAUGAACAAGGAACAGUUAUGAUUUUUGUAGCAGUAUCUGUACUUUAAAAAAGUUUUAUCUAUUUUAUUUCAGUUGUUAAGAACUGGGAGGAGAGGUUUUAUGGCCUAUUUACUAAAAGGUACAAUAUAAGAGUCCAGCUAUAGGAUUCACUACAAAAAGAAAUAGUCAUUACUUGAAGAAAAGGUUUAGUCUAAAUGUGUGGUCCUGCAUUACUUAAUGUAAUGUUUUGCUCACAUUAAAAAAUGCAACAUCCCACAAUUUUAAAGUGAAAACUCCAGUGUUACGAGUCUAUGAAGCGUGCCGGGAAGAAUACUUGAACAACAACAAAAAAUAGCAUACACCUGAUUAUUUUUUAAUAUAGGUGUUGCUGUAUAAUUAAAUUCUACUCUGUUGUAAAUGGGAUUUCUCCCUUGUAUAAAAGCACCUCUGUGUGUGCAUAUACAGAGUUUUGUAUAUAUGUAUUUAUAUGUGUAUAUAUAUACAUGUGCAAGUUUUCUAUGCAAAAGCUGCAAGUGCUAAGUAAAAAUGAUUGUUUCCCUUGUUGUCUGCAAUGAUUGCAAGCCUUUCCUAAUGUUAAAACCCUUCAAAGAAGCAGGAGCUGAAGCAGCACAGCAGAACCGUGGUUUUUGGAAGGCAACCUGCACAAGCUCUAUAAAGUCUCCAUCAGCCAGCGUGCAACAUUAGCUUUUCUAAUGCAGGAACUGAUACAAUGAAAACAUCAUUGUCAUUAAAAAAAUAAUAAAUCCA